AUGGGCAUGGCAGUACAUGUACUUAAUGAUAUAGCUUACGUGGUUCUCUUAAUUGACCGCCAACACAAUUCUCCUUUCUGGUCAAUCGCUCAGAUAAAAGCCCAGUUUGGGCUUGCUGAAUAUUUCUUUUCACGGGCCCUUCACCGCGUCUACCGGAUAGCCGAGGCGCUGGAAGUCGGCAUGGUUGGCGUCAACACGGGCAUCAUCUCGGACCCCGCAUCUCCAUUUGGCGGUGUCAAGGAGAGUGGUUUCGGUCGUGAGGGUUCCAAGUAUGGCAUUGCCGAGUACCAGGUGACCAAGAUGAUUACCUUUGGAGGAAUGGGAUCGCCGUUACAGAGCUAG